AACACUACCAGUCAACAGUACCUGGGAGUUGUUUAGUGUUUACGUCCUCCAUUAAAUUUAAAGGUCCUGCUGGGGGUUUAAAUGGCCGCUAAACCUCCCCAGCUCCCACCACAUCAAUUUCCAAAGGCCACAAGGAAGAUUAACCACAUUUUCAUUACUAGUUCUCCCGUUGAAGGCGCAGAAGGCGAGUAAAAACCAUCACUGGGGGCACAAAACAGUCCAUGAAAUCUAACAAUUUUUUUUAUAGCCCCCAUUUUCAUUGAUAUUUUUCCCGUUGAAGGCGCAGAAGGCGGGUAAAAGCCAUCACUGAGGGCACAAAACAGUUCAUGGGAUCCUAAAACUAGCCCCAUAAAAACAUACGAUCAUAAGAACAGUCCUGAACAUCCCAUCCAGAGGCUUUUUGAACAGUACGAGCCUUGGACACGGCAGGAUGGCUGUGUGUCUGGCCGUGUCCUAGUGUCCAUCAGGAGGAGGCGGGGAGGUAAUUAUGCCCCUGGAGGUGUUAUAAGAUGUCCAGCGUGAGCCUGCUAGAGCUGCCCGAGAGUGUGCUGCUGAGGGUGUUCUGGUUCCUGGGCCCCGUCGACCUCUAUACGUUGUCCAGUGUUCACCCCCGGCUUGCACGACUGGUGGGUGACCUCUCCCUCUGGCGACACGUAGACUUUGGGAGGGCACCACUGAGCCUUCAGUUCCUUCAUAAGUUUGUGAGGUUCCUGGGCCCUCACACCCUCACCAUCUCCAUCACUGGCUUUGUGCGGCCCAGCAGCAGGUUGCAUCCUAAAGGCAAGUUCAUCCACAGCUUACAAACCUCAAGAAAAGGUUCUAAGUGCAUAUCAGAAGCCUUCCUCACCAGCCUGAAGCGACGUUGUCCGCACCUUCAGGAACUGAAUCUCCACCGCUGCUACAUUGACGCUUCUACAACCAAGUUUUCCACCCUUCCUGCCUCUCUCAAGAAGCUCUCCCUGUGUGGCUCAGCUCUCUUUAAUUUACCACAAAACCGUGUGGUGGUGUUGGCCUCCCCUUUUUUCCGGCUAGAAAAACACCUCCCUGUGCUGGAGGAGGUUGUGCUGGAGGGGUGCGGGGCCUGGCUUACCCCACAGGACCUCACCCUCCUCAUGAGUCACUGCUCAGCACUUCAGAGUGUCAACGUGGGAGCAGCGCGGUACACCCGGACAGGGCUGUGCUCCUGGGAUAAGCGGGAAGACAAGCAUUGCAGCAGGAUAGUUCUGUCUCGCAAGUGGAGAGCCUGAAGAAACAGCGACUGCUUCCUGUGUUUGGAUUCCUGUUUUCACGCAUUGGCUUUAUCAAAAAUGAAUAAAGGGCAAGUCUUGUUUGACUGGGAAUGAAAUGAAGCAAACUGUGGGUCA